UGCGUGCCGCCGUUGAUCCGGUGCUGCAGUGAGGAGGUGGUUCUCGCCCGUGUUGUGUGUGUGUGUGUGAGUGAGAGAGCGAGUGAGUGAGUGAGUGAGUGAGUGUGUGUGGGGGGGGACUCGGCUUGUUGUUGUCGGUGACUUCCCCCUCCCCUCCACCCCUCCCCCUUCCCCGCCGCCGCUGCAGUGGCCGCUCCCUGGGCCGUAGGAAAUGAGCGAUAACGAUGACAUCGAGGUGGAGAGCGACGAAGAGCAACCGAGGUUUCAAUCUGCGGCUGACAAACGGGCUCAUCAUAAUGCACUGGAACGGAAACGUAGGGACCACAUCAAAGACAGCUUUCACAGUUUGCGGGACUCGGUCCCAUCACUCCAAGGAGAGAAGCAACAGGCAUCCCGGGCCCAAAUCCUAGACAAAGCCACAGAGUAUAUCCAGUAUAUGCGAAGGAAAAACCACACACACCAGCAAGAUAUUGAUGACCUCAAGCGGCAGAAUGCUCUCCUGGAGCAGCAAGUCCGUGCACUGGAGAAGGCGAGGUCGAGUGCCCAACUGCAGACCAACUACCCCUCCUCAGACAGCAGCCUCUACACCAACGCCAAGGGCAGCACCAUCUCUGCCUUCGAUGGGGGCUCGGACUCCAGCUCGGAGUCGGAGCCCGAAGAGCCCCAAAGCAGGAAGAAGCUCCGGAUGGAGGCCAGCUAAGCUCCGCGGGGCAGGCCAGCAAUAAAAACUGUCUGUCUCCUCCGUCGUCUUAUCCUCCUUUCAGUUCAUCUUUAGAACCCUCAGAACCAUUUAAGAGACUCUUUUUUUUUUUUCCCUCUUUCUCCUUUUUUUUUAAAUUUUAUUUUUACGUAGAAGCUCUUGGACAACAGCUCUCAUUCUCCUUCCCCAUUUCCACGAUUUUUUUGUUUUUUUUUUUUAAACGUUUCCCUUCAGGGAUUCCCUGUCCCCACCAGGAAUUUUUAAACCAAAACACCCCAACUUGGCAGCUUUUUCUGUGGAGGACAGACGGCCGGCCAGACCUCUGAGCACAUGGUGUCCUGACCACCCACCAGCUCCUCCAGCCCUGCCGGGCACGUGCCCGGGGGACUCCUGCCCCACCCAGGCCUCUCCUUCCAGGCCAUCCUCACCUCUGUUUGAUAGACUUUGUGAAUCUGUGGACUGCUCUACUUUCAGAAGAUGACCAGUUUGGAGUAAUCAGAAUUAUUCCCCCUUCUUUUUAAGGAUUUUUUUUUCCCCCGCUAAAAGGCUAUUUAUCGCUCCUAUUGAAAGACCAGAUCCUUGAAGAAGUUUGUGGUAUAAAAGGAAGUGGGGACAGAUUUGCAGCGCGGAGUCUUGGCCUGUUUCACUCCUGCUUCUCUCAGCUAGCCUUAGGGAGGCCGUGUGAUGCUUGUGUGGCGUGAGGGGACGGCAGCAGUGGAGCGGUAGCCGCCAGGGGGUGGUAGCGGGUGGGUGGGCCAAAGAGGGAGGAUCGGGUAGGGUAGAGGUUUUGUAUUGAGGGCCAGUGAUGAUGUUUUGAUAUUUAUUUCCUGCUGCUGAAAUUUGAACCUGAGUGAACUGUCCCUAUUUCUGAUGAUGUCGGUAUUGCAAAGCGACAGAUUCAUAAAGUAAUGAUCAAAUCUUCCUUUCUUUCCGUGUGUAUUUCUAAGAAAUAGAGCCAACUGAUUUUGUAUGUAAAUACCAAGAGCGGUUCACCUCGUACUAAACCCGCACCCCAGUGCGGACCCCUACCGCCCUCCCCUUCCGACUGUCCUGGAACCUGUCCCCAUUAUGUGAUCCAGCCCUGGUUCUGGCUGCGGUCAGCAGAUCCCAGUGAAGGGUUUUGUGUGUUUAGGCCUCAUUUCUUUGUCUUUUUCCUACUCUGUUCCCGGCAUUUGCUGAUUUCUAGUGUAUACUCUGUAGUCUCAGUCUGUGUUUGAUUCCAUUCCAUGGAAAUAAAAAGUAUGUUGUACAUACUGCUGAAGAAUUGUCUUGCAAGUUAAGGCUUUCCCCUUUACUAUAAGACUAUAAAUAAAAACUUAUUUUAUCCUU